GUUUGCAAUCGAACUGUCAGUGCUAUCGCAAAGCUAUUGCGCUUAUUGCGCUCAAAUAUUCACUGUCGUUUUGCUAUAACUCGCAACUGUCGUUCAUUCAAGCCACUGUCAUUAUGUUCACGGACCCUUCUGCUCGCGUGCCCCACGUCUUCGUUAUACCCCCCGAAGAAGAGCACUCGCAAAAUCCUCCUUGGUGCUGUUUUGACGCAGACCUGCCUCCAGAAAAUAGCAGAUCCGUAGAGUUAUCCUCUGCUAACCAGCCUGACAUCUUAUCCGAUGUACCCUUCUUGCUGCACGAGUCAGAAUCUACUUCUUCCUUCCACCACGAGCAGCCUAGUGCAAGCCCAGUGGUUCUCACACAGUCCAGGAGCUCUACAUCUAGCAAUAGGAGCGAGAAGCAUCAGAACCCACAGCAUAUCGUUAUCUCUGCCAUGCACAAUAAUGACCUCAUUCGCAUCGUCCAGCAUGAUGUGCGAGAGGAUUCGGAUGUGAUUGAGGUCGUCAAGGUCAAACGUCCAAAGGACAAUAAACCCAAUCACACGGAUCACAUCCCACCGUCCCCGUCUAAUCAAGAGCCACAGUUAAAGCGCUCAAAGACUUUCCGUGCUCGUGCGUCCCGUGCCUUCCAAUCCAUAAAGAAUGUCUCUCUCCCCCAUUGCAAGCAAAGCAACUCCAAACCGCAUGUCAAGGACCUUUGGACAUCCACUGAGAGCAUGCCAGGCAUCUUCAGAGGUGUUUUGCAUUCCAAAGAGGACGUACCACCAACGGCGAGUCGCAAGCUUUCGAGCUUCUUCCAAAGACAGCCGUUUUCCUCGGAGGGAAUCCUCUCGAGCUCGACGACUACGUCAUUGCCUUAUCUCAAGGGCUCUGACACCACUCCUUCCAUUGCUGAGAUCCGGCCCUCGUAUGAGUUCAUCGAGCGGCCCCUCACUCCCUGUGCACCCACGUACGACCACAGUCUUCGUCGUCCAGUGUCUUCAGCAGACUUUCAGCGAGCUCCUUCAUCCGAGUCCAAGUUCAGCAAGGAUUUGAAGCGACCUGUCUCAUCACAGGAUCUUCAACGUCCAGAGAAAGACUUGCGUCCUGUAUCUUCGGAUGAUUUCCAGCACGACGAGCGCCCGACGUCACCCAACCCCCCCUCCACCCAAGCAUCGCGCAAACGUUUCUCCGUUAAUGAGCUGCACCGCCUUUUCUCCUUCUCUCCAGAACCUCCUUCCUCUUUCACGGUUCCUUCCGCAUCCACAUCCGCAUCGACCUCGAGUACACACUCUUAUCCUGAUGUCCCAUACACCGCGGUGCAUUUUGUUGAUGAUGAUUACGGAAGGGAGAUUGAGGGCAAGUAUGGUCGCAAUCUCGACCUACUUGAUGGUGACGAUGACGAGUUGCCUUUGCCCUCACGGCCAAGGGAUAUUAGUUUCGAGUUGCGGCUUGACAGUUUGCACUUUGACUCGCUUUCGUUCAAUGCUGAGGAUUUUGAUGUGAGCAUGAACUUGGAAGCCUCAGGGCUAGGUAUUUCACGGCAGUGAUCUCCGCUUUUCAUAUGCUGUGAAUGUGACAAUUGCUGCGGUUUUUUGCAGAGCACAUACAUAUGAUUAUGCUGGGCCUAGCGGGGUUCAAGUCAAUGCUUCAUUUCACGACUUGUACGAUACCGAUCCAUAUUUACAAUUCGACCACCUUUUUAUGCCUACCUCGAACAUUCUCGUAUAUUGCACGAAGCUUCUAAGUUCUUGUCGCAACUUCAUAUCAAAAUCACUCAUUACUACUACAUAAACAUAAUCGGUCCCUUGCUUAUACAUAGGAUGUGACAGUGAUGUGACACCGUGACAAUAAUACGAUUACAC